AUGUUCGCUUUAUUUAUGAGCGAUAAUCUUUUAAUUCCUUUUAUCGUAUAUUUGAAUAGCGCAAUUGAAUGCCGACUCAGUCCAUUGUUAGAAAUGAUGUGGCGUAGAAACCUAGAAAUAUUUAAAUGUCUUGUCAAAUUCCGUAACUAUUCCUAUCUGCACAAUCCCGGCUCAGAACCGCUCAGAUCGUUAACAAUCGGAAAACUCCUCGAAGAAUCCGCUCAGAAAUAUGGCGAGCGCACCGCUCUGGUGUCCCGAUCCCAAAACAAACGGUUCACCUACCAAGAGGCAUUAGAUCAGGCUGACAGACUGGCCGCAGGCUUCAGAACCCUGGGAUUAAACAUGGGAGAUCGAAUUGGGAUUUGGGCUCCAAAUAUUGCCGAGUGGUACUUGACUCAUAUGGCUUGUGCACGAGGAGGAUUUGUGCUUGUGAACAUCAAUCCAGCUUAUCAACCAAUGGAAUUGCAAGCUUGUAUUAAUUCGGUUGGAGUCAAAGCGUUGGUUUGUGCUCAUAAGUUCAAAGAUGACAACUAUUAUGAGCAUUUACUUAAGUUGGCUCCGGAGAUUCAGAAAUGUCAAGCUGGCAGGUUGUUUUCUAAGGCCCUGCCUACAUUGGAAACAAUUAUUGUGCCCAGCGAUGAAGAAUUAAGUGGUACGUUUAAGUACGAUGACGUAGUCAAUUUGGCCUCAGAAGUGGAAAUUCAAAAUAUACGCAACUUGCAAAAUUUUAUUAAUCCUGACGGAGUUUGUCAUUUACAAUUUACUUCAGGUACCACAGGCGUUCCGAAAUCGCCUCAACAAACCCACUUCCAAAUCGUCAACAAUUCAUAUUCAAUCGGCAAAAGGAACGAGCUGGACAAACGUCAUCACACCCUUUGCAUGCUCGGGCCAUUUUUCCAUGCUUUUGGUACUGUCAUUGUACUGUGCAGCGCUGUUAAUCACGGUGCCACUUUGGUACUGCCUGCGCCCGGGUACGACCCGGACAAGGCCCUCGACGCCAUCAGAGACGAGAAGUGUUCGGUUAUUUUGGGUACCCCGACAAUGUAUGUGGAUAUUGUCAACAGGCAAAAAAUUAGACAAGAAAAUAUCAAUCCGGAAAUUGCUGUCAGUGGUGGUGCUUGUUGUUCGCCUCACUUAUUCAGGGAAAUGAAGGAGAUUUUAAAACUCAAAAAAGUCAAGUCUGUUUAUGGUUUGACAGAAGUGACAGCUGUUGCAUUUCAAUCCCUAUACGAUGACGACGAGUAUCAGUCUACGUCAACAGUGGGGUAUGUUGGUGAUCAUUUGGAAGUUAAAGUUGUAGAUGAGAAGGGCCAUACUGUUCCCAGAGGUACUCCUGGUGAAUUAUUGAUAAGAGGCUAUUCCACAACGUUAGGUUAUUGGCAAAAUGAGGAAAAGACUAAAGAGCUAAUUGGACCUGAUAAAUGGCUCAGAACUGGGGACCAGUUCAUUCUUGAAGAAAACGGUUACGGAAAAGUAGUAGGCCGGCUAAAAGAAAUGGUAAUCAGAGGCGGAGAGAACAUUUUUCCGGCCGAAGUCGAAGAUUUUUUAAACACGCAUCCAGGAAUUUUGGAAACUCACGUCAUUGGCGUACCGCACGAACGUUUGGGCGAAGAAGUGUGCGCAUGCGUGCGACUCCGACCCGGUCAUCAGCUGACCUUGGACGACCUCAAAUUGUUUUGCAAAGGGAAUUUAGCGAAUUUCAAAAUACCUUCCAAAUUAAAAAUAGUGGAAAGUUUUCCGAAAACAACCUCGGGCAAAAUACAAAAAUAUAAAUUAAUUAACAAUAUAAAUAAGGAAAUUAACUUAAGGUCCAAGGUCAACUUACCUAUAUCUGAUUGA